AUGCGGCUGAAGAGGCUUACCACUGCAAAAUUCAUCAAUCUGAAGAGAGAACUUUACUCCCUUCAAGUGGCAUCACAAAAGAUGGAUUAUUUUCCUAGAAUGAAGCCUCCAUGUAUAACAGAAGAAGUGUUUGAAGAAUGCUUAGCCACAGAUGAUAUGCUUGUGGACUACUUUAAUGAAUUUUUGAGCCUUCCAACUUUUGCCCAAUCAGUUAAGUUUAACUCUGACUUUGGGGUUUUUGAAGUAGUUAAUGAUGCCCCACAACACCUGGAAAGCCAGCUGAAAAAAAUUCUGCAUGAUCAGAAACCUCCAAACCCCAUUUAUGAUGUUCUAAGGAAAGCAAAGAAUGACAGGCAGUUCUCCAAAAUGCGCAGAGCUUCUCCAACCUUCAAUAUUGAUCCAAAUUACAACACUAUGUGUCUUGAUCGAGAACAAGCAAUUCAGUGGAUUAAGAAAGAAAGGCUUCCAGCAUUUCUAGAAAGCGACUGUUACUUUGAAUACAGGCUUGCUAAGUUGAUAUCACAGGUAGAAUGGAGCAAGACUGGUAUUAAUUUCAUUAUAGAUAGUGACUACUACCCUUGGAUAAGGAAGCAAGACCCAAGUUCUCCCCCUUCUGAGGAGGAUGACACUUUGUUGACUAUGAGGAAGUUCUAUGUAUCGCUUGGCCAGGCUACGGUUUCUCAGACAAAGGACUGGUUUACACUAGCAAAACAAAGUGAACCCUUGAAAACUACAGACUCAUUUAUGCAUCCUGUAGCUUCUAGUCAAAUUCAAGAUAUUCAGUGUUUGCCUGGGCAGCAUGAAAGAGAUGAUUCAUUAAGCGAAAAAGAUAGCUUUCUGGAAGCAGGCUCUCUGUCUAAGGAAUGCCACCAUCAGAGUUUCCUUUCCCCUUCAAGGACAGCAUCAGCAAAAGCCAACAUUAUUAGGGAGGGAUCCAGAGAGGCUGAGGAGGGUUCUUCUGUGGCCAUUGCUGAACCUCCUUCUCACACUCAGUUAAGAGUUUAUCUAGACCCAAAAUGGGAUAGUGAAGUAAAAGAAGAAAAUGGACAGGAAAGUGCAAUUUUUCAGAUACCGGAAGAAUUCAUACCAGCUUGCACUCCAUUUGUAAUGAAGAAACCUAUUUCAGAAAUGACCCACCAGCCAGCUGCUGACAUUGAGAGGGACGUGGAUUUCCACAAACAGCCUGAAAUGUUUAUACACGAGUUAGCAAAUAAUGAAUUUGCCCAUGGUACUGAAGAGUCACUCUUUUCCCAAAGUUCUCCAUUUACUGUUUUGGAGUCCAAGGGAAAUGUAAGAGAACAAGAUACUGAAGAAUUAAGCUUAAGAUCGAGUUCUGAAAGUGAUGGGGCAGACAGUAGGGCUGCCUGGUGUAUUAGUCACAGGACUUAUGACACUGGCAACAGACACGAGUUUGAAAGAUUCAAGAAGUUCAUUAAAGGAACACUUGGGGAGAGGUACUGGUGGCUCUGGAUGGAUAUUGAAAGACUAAAGGCUCUUAAGGACACUACAAGGCAGCAAAGGCUACUUAGUAAGAUGAAAAAACUCUAUCUGCUGAGCAGUGGAGACUAUUUCCUCAGUUCGGAAGUGUUACUCAGACUUGAUCUACUGCAUGGUGAUCAGUGGAAUAUAAGGCAUUUAAGACGGAUUCAGCCUGAAGUAGUGAAACCUCUACUUCUUUACUGGGGUCCCAGAUUUUGUGUGUCUCAUUCAACGGCAAUAGAAACUGCCAGUACAAAACUGAAGCUCUGGCACACAUGUCAAGAGAGACCAAGGGUGGACAUUGAUCCUUUUCCACAAAUGGUAUCAUUGCUACCAUUGACACCUAAGUCUUGCGUGCCCAGGAUACCGCCUUCCCUUCCUCAGAAAAGUAGAACAAGCUCACCAACAACUUUAUUAAAACUAGCUACACCAAAUUUCUCUUUGAAGCGAUCAUUAAGAUUAUCACCUACCCUGUCAUCAAGUCAGAGCCCCCAGAGGGAUGACAUUUCUAGCAAUAGAAAGUGGCCAAAGUCAGCAAGCAGAGACAUGAUUCAUUGCUUAGCUUUGGAUGGCACUGCAGACUCCAAAUACCAGGGUCACAGAAAGUACACCUACGCUGAGCUUCUCCCAGGGAAAAGCGCUGCUGGCAGUGUUGUCUUAGGGGGAUCAAGAAUGGAAAGCAUGCUGCAGUCUCUUUAUUUGGAGAACAGAGCAGGCUACUACUUCACACACUUCUGUGAGAAGUCAGGGAAUAAGUUGUGGAAGAACAGCGUGUACUUUUGGUUUGACCUACAGGCUUAUCAUCAGCUUUUCUACCAAGAAACCCUUCAUCCUUUUAAAAUAUGCAAGCAAGCUCAAUUCCUUUAUGCAACUUACAUUGCCCCAUCUGCCAGUAUGGACAUCGGACUUCAUCAGAAUAAGAAAAACAUGAUUUAUCAGAAAAUUGACCCAGCUUUUGAGGAUCUUUUUGACCCAGCAGAAGAAUAUAUCCUCACUGUUCUGCUAGAACCAUGGAUGAAAAUGGUGGAAGCAGACAAAUACACUUAUGGAAAGGUGGAGUUGGUGGAAGAAACUCGACAGCUGGACUCCGUGUACUUUAGAGAGCUCCAGGCUUUGCAUCAAGAGAGUGGUUCCAAGAAGGAUGAGAGUACUGUUGCUGAUACUGGUCUGCCAUCCUGCCCUGAUGCUCUCAAAGAAGAUCAGCACUUGCAUCAAGUUCCCAAAGAAUUGACAUGUCCUAAUCUAUCUGACCUCAUCCAUGACAAAGAGAAGUUAGAACAGUUCUGGGCUUUUCUUAAUGAGCAUUCUGCUGGCAUGGAUCUCAUGUGCUGGCUAGAUAUUGAACAGUUCAGAAAGAUGCUCCACAAGGAUAAAGAAAAAAGGAAGGAAAAAUCUAAGGACAUUAAAAGCAAGUACUUAAACAAAAGAUACUUCUUUGGACCCAACAGCCCAGCUACCAGAGAACAACAAGAACAGCUAAUGCAUCCAGGUGGAGGAUGGGGACAAAUACUUCAUGAUCGACUUUCAUCGGUGGUUCUGCUAGAAAUUCAGAAAUGCGUCCAGAAGAGAUUAGAAAAACAAUGGCUGCCAUUGUUCCUGGCAGAUGAGCACCACGGGGUGGAGGGACGCGCAAAGAUAAUGGACAUAACCGAAGAUCUUCCAUGCCAAAAACAGAAGACAACUAGGAUGUGGAUGCGUGUGGACAAUAAAUGGGUUUCUUCAUCUAGUGAAAUAAUUGCUUUCCGCAAAGUGCUGUUGAAUCCAGUGACAGCAAAUCAGUUUCAACGCUUUGUGUCACUGAAAGGAGACCUACUGGAAAAUGGAGUGGUCUUUUGGCAAGAGGUACAGAAGUACAAGGACUUGUGCCAUUCUCAUUGUGAUGAUGCCACAGUCCAGAAAAAGAUCACAGCUAUUAUUGACUGCUUUAUUAAUUCCGCUGUACCCCCAGCUUUGCAGAUUGACAUCCCAACUGAACAAGCAAAGAAGAUUCUGGAGCACAGGAAAGAACUAGGACCUUACAUUUUUAGAGAAGCACAGAUGACUAUUUUUGCUCUUCUGUUUAAAUUUUGGCCAAAAUUUUGUAAGUUUCAAAGCAACUUGGCUAGUGACAAAGUUCUACUUGCCUUGGAGAGAAAAAAGGGAAAAAAGAUGCGAAAGAAGGAAGGCAAAACUGCAGAGGUAAGGCUUACAAAAUUUCAGGGUAGAGAAGUGGGGACAAAACUCAUCAGUCUGUCAAGCAGUGCUUUGGUAGAUGAGAUUGGUGUGGAGAGAGGACCAGCAUCAUUUUCAGAUGGAUAUGGGUGGCAGGCCUCCUGGUCCUAUUCCAAGUACAUAGAAGCCUUGGAGCAGGAAAGAAUACUCCUUAAAAUGCAAGAAGAUCUGGAGAAAAACUCAUCAUCAUCCCUUACAGGUACCUCGUCUAUGUCCUUCCCCAAGCCUGGAAACUCCGAAAAGUCCACCAUUUCUCCAAAGAGUAGUGUGAUUUUGGAGAAACACUCAAAUCUUCCCAAGAAACAGAAAGCUAGAACCAGACUGCCAACAAGCAUGCUUUGAAAUUUGGAUUCUUAAAAGCUAGUUUUCCUGCUGUCAGUGCUGAUGCUCAUUAGUAGCAAGUUAUCCCACUCCAAAUCACGUUUAACUGAAGCUGUACAGCCUCAACAUGAAGGCAAGAUUAUUUUUCACUUCAACCAUGGUUAGUGGACCUAAUGUUGACCAGAUGGAAUUUUGUUGCAAAAUGGUAGUCUCUGAAAUGUGGUUAUCUAAGCCUUCUACUUAAAAUAUUUUAAAUAGGAGCAUGAGAUGACUGGAGGAAGCUCAGACCCCAUGGAGUUACUGGCAAGGGCCUGACACAGAACUAGCAAUAGACCAUCUCUGCCAAAGCCAGUUAAAUAUUAAAAUGGGAGAAAGAAGUGGGACAGCAAAGAGAUCUGAUAAAGACAGAAAAGCAGAUUUGGUUCAAAGCUUGAAUUCCUAGAUGGAAGAAUCCCCUGGAGGAUUUGUUCUUGUUUUUAAGGCUUUGCUGAAAUUAUAUGGACCUAAAAAAAUUAAUAGAACUUGGACUAUUGCUCCCCUUCCUUCUCUGCUCCUCCUUCCUCUUCUAAUUCUGUACUUCAACAUUGCUAUUUUAGGCAAGUUGGUUUCCUGCCCUCGCUAGUCCUCCUAAACUUCCCAGUGCCUGAACACACUGCAUUGAACUGACAGCCCUGAAGCAGUGUGUCUUGGCCCAAUCAGUACUGCAAUUCAUGCAACUUCUAUUCAUCAAGGAUAACUCAUGAGGUGUCUGAACUAUCAUAAAAUCAAUCCCUGUUGUGGUUUGCUACCAAUCCAGUCUGAUUCCUGCUCCAAAGUACACCUUCUGCCUCAUUUCUGAGUUUUGAUCCACAAGAAAGGCUUCAAAUACAUCAGGUCAUGGAUGUGAGUGGGAACUUUUGUAAACUCAUUCCUCCCAAGGCAUUACUCACGGGAAGGUUGCAGGAGCUCAUAAGUCUUCUGUAGCUCUCCCUACUUUCUUGCUUCUUUUUACAGUUUUAAGAGUUUUGAAGAGAAUUGGGGCAGAGUUGAUGUUGGGACUAGGACCAAAGGAUUAACUGGGAGUUAAGAGGGGACAGGGGCAAUAUUAACUGCUAGGCAGGGGGCAGGAUGAUGAUAGACCUCUCCACAUUUUUCAGACCACUUUAAACACCAGUCCCCAGCCACAAAGUUUUUGGCUUCUUUCUCCUCUACAUGUGCAUAAUGCAUGUAAGAGAAAGGCAGAGCAGUUAGCUCCGGCUUGCUGAGUUCCCAAGGACUACCCCUGAGUUAGGGGUGGGAUUGUCUUCUGCUACCACUCCCAAGCUCUUGGACAAGAAGAACGAGCCAUGCAGCCCUCUCUCUGUUGUCAGAACUAAAGGUCCUUCACUUGGAGCUCAUGCUGUUAAGGACCAUCCACGGCUGCCUUCCUCCUCAGUGUGGAGUGACAGCUAAUACAACUAAUAGUCUUUUUCUUUCUCACUCUUGACACAACAACCAAGAAUUGUAUGGAAUUUCCAUCAGGAGUUGCUUCAGAUAGGCUAGCAAGGAAGAAAGAGAGUGUCUUUUAUGGAUAUAGCUGCCCUGCCCAUAUAAACUUGCAGAAGGAGCAAGGGAGAUCAUUGGUUCAUUUCCUACAUUCCCCACUGUUUGGAGACAGAGUUUGUUUCACGCAUAUCUUCAUUCCUUCUGUGUUUGGAUUGUUUGCUUGUGUGACAUUACCUGAGAAAGAUGUCUUGGGUGGAAGCCAGAAGGGAGUAAAACAUGAAAUUCUUGUCUCUGUUUUUUAUGUUUUCCCAAAUUUCACAGAUGCACUAAACUGUAAUGCUCAGUGCAUCUGAGGAGGGUGGAAUGUAGCAUCUUGUACUGAGCCGAGCACAUGUGGUACUGUGUGGCCUACCACUCAUUAGUGUGAAAGGCAAAGAAGAAUCAUGAGAUGCCAUAAAUGCAGUGAUGUAUGUCAGUUUAAAAAACACGUGAAAGACCACCUUCUACUGCUGCGGUCAGUACAUGCACGCAAUCAAAUGCCGGAGCGCGGCAGUCAGUCUCUGUUUUGUCGUAUUCUUGCCUUCAUGGCGUUUUGAGACAGUUAAAUAACAUGUAGACAAUGCUUAUCUUAUGCUGGUAGCUUUGACUUGAAUCAUACUUGGAUUACUCCUAAAAUGAAAAAUAUUAUCCAGAUAUUUGUCACAGAUGAUAAAACUCCUUGUGAAUAUGUUCCAGCCUUGCCAAAUUGUUAACGAAAAAUUACCAGCCCCCAUGCAAAAACUACUGUCCCAGACAGUUACUAUGAUUAAUACCAUACACGCCUAUCAAACUUAAAAACAAACAAAAAAAGAGUACUUCAUGUACUUCAGUGAGUAGAAUUUUGCAAACUGGUUUCAGCCACUCACAUUUCUGCAAACCUAUGAUAACCCUCACUCCAGUUUACAUUCUGUCUCCAUGUUAACUGAAAUAUAUAUGUGCAUAUAUACAUGUAUAUAUACACACACACAUGCACAGUCAUUUAUAGGCUACGUCUUUAUUAUGCAACAGAGGAGGAUCACAUGCAUUAGUAAUGCUAGAAAUACAUGUCAUAUCAUUAUGCCCAUUUUAUGUGUUAAUUUUAAAGAAAUAUUGAGCAAUUGGACAGGGAGUAUAUUAAGGGACAGGGACGCUUUCACUUCUGGGUUACUGAAUCUACCCUAAUGCAGUGGCAGGUACACCAUAACUGCUAUUUGGUGAUACAUCUGAAAUGGAAUAGCAGUUUUAGUCUUGUCCCAAGGGACCAAGUAAUGACUGCUGCCAGUUCCAACAGAGAGCCUGAGAACUGAACAGUUAUAGAAACUAACUAAAUAUUAUUGUUCUAAAUGAUUACUCUAUCUCAAUUCAGAAAGCUUACACUGCCAUUGCCUUUUUGUCUUGUUCCUGACAUUUAUUCUCUCUCAGGUUACUGAUCUACCACCUAUGCGAACUCAGCAGUUUUAAAGGGCUAGAAGAGUUUUACUCAGCAACCCUAGUGCCUCUCCUUUCAGAUAACUAAAGCUUUAUUCCUCUUUUAUUUUAACUAUAUAUACUUUGGGACUUUCAGAAGUCUCCAGCAGAACAACAGCUCUCUGUGGAGUCUGCUGCUUCAGAACAUAGAAACAAUUCUCUUUUCAGAAAUCUGCAAACCUAGAAACAAUUCUGGAUGGAUUUAUGCUUUAGUGGCGUUCAAAAUACACAAUCAAUCAUAUUCUUUCAGACUUACUUUUAUUGUUUACUCCCAAGUAAUGCAACAUAUUGGGACUAUUUUGGAAUUUUUUAAAGUCAUCAUUUACAUUUAGAUGCUAUUACUGUGUAUUUCACUUUUCUCUCAUCAGACCUGGCAUGUUUAUUAAAACAUUUUAUAGCCUUUGAGGGUGCAGUCCCGAAGUUGCUUAUUCAAAUACUUUUGAUAUCAACACAAGCUGUGACUAUGCACUUCAGGAAGGGGCUUUAUACAUUUUGCUUUGGCUUCUCUCCUGCUACUGCAUGACACAGAGUAUCAGACUAUGAGAUGAAUUCCUGAAAAUAUGUAGCGCUAGAUUAUGUUAUUAGGAUGUCCACUUACAACAGAUUACAAGACCGAUAGUGGUGGUCACCAGGCGAUUUAAAAAGGGGCAAAAUGCUUUCUAACC